AUGCUGUCCAUAUCUACAGCGUCAGGGACCGGUCGGUCUCAAUCACGCGAAUUUUUUCGCACCUUUACCCGCCCGGCUGGUUCGCGACAGCUCCGCAGAACUACCAACCCUUUGACAUCUACACAGCAACACAACUUUGCGCGGAAAUCGUCGCAUCUUGUGACUUCCAGCUCUAUUGCGCACCGAACACAUACCCCUGAGUAUGCGGUAUCACAACGUCUGUCGCAGCGGAGGUUUGUCUCAAGCCCAGCAUCUGCCGACUCGCCGCCUCAACCCAGCGAAACCCCCGAACCGGUCGAUAUCAAUGUCCUGAUCGAUAGAAUCGGCCAAAAUGAGGCAGAGAUGGUACAAAUUCUCGAAGAGUUGGAACUUUUGGACGAGCAAGCCGAAGCAGACGAGCUAAUCGACUUGAUCGGCCAGCGAGAUGAACACACAGCAGAGUCAUGGGUCCAUAUGAUCAAACAACGGUUUGGAGAUGAGGUGCCAGAGGGAUUGUUGGAUGAUGCCGAGCUUCAAAUCUACGCCAGGCUGUACGGAGAACCAAUCUUCCGGCAGCAAAUCGAGACAAUAGUUGAGGAGGAAGAGGAAGAUCUGAGCUUGCUUCGCGAAGAUGGACAAGGAGGUUGGGAGAAAGUUGAACUUGAAGAAGGCGCAGCCACCGCCGAAGACGAUGUUCCACUCGCAUAUGAUAUGGAUGCACCACCAGAAGAGCGCGAAACGAUUGCCAUGCAACGGACGAGGGAAGUGGCAGAGCAGUUGGGCGGCGAGAUUAUGCUUGAAGAAUUUGAGAAUGAGGCCGUUCCAGACGCUGCACCAAGGACGCAUCCAAGCACACUCGAGGGCAAAUUCGGAACUGAUCCUACCACCAUCCAUCUGCCUAAGGAUACUGUCACUGGUCCCAUAUCGGUUAUCCUGUCGGAGUUCUCCAAUAAGCACAUUUCGGAGACUGCUCGACGACUAUUUGGAGGACCAGGAUUGCCCCAUUCCACUACAACUGCGCCGCCGCGUGCUCAAUUACCUCAGCUCCCUAUUCCUCUUCAUGCUUCCCAGCGUCAAAUGACAGAAAUGGAGGCCAACACAUAUCUGGCAGCUCUAUACCCUGGAAUCUACGCUUCAACACUCAGUGUUAUGGUAGAGAUCCGCAAGCGAUUAGGUGUCGAUUGGAUUCGCCGUUUGAUUGCACAAGAGGGUGGACCGAACGUCCUUGAUGCCAGCGGAGGGGGCGCCGGUAUCCUGGCAUGGAGAGAUAUCAUUCGUACAGAGUGGGAACUCAUGGUGCCUGAUCAUCCUGAGGGAGCACCCAUUCCGUUUGGGCGAUCGACUGUGCUCACAGGCUCGGAUGCCCUUAGGCUGCGUGCUUCUAUCAUGCUGGACAACACUAGCUUCCUCCCACGCCUACCCGAUUACGUUCACGUGCGCGAGAAACCUACAAUUGACGACGCGCGAAAUGCACCCAAACGCAAGCAAUACGAUGUCAUCAUUGCACCGCACUCUCUUCUCGGUCUCGAGGAAGAAUAUGAACGUAAGCAGCACGUGGAGAACCUGUGGUCUCUUCUGAACCCUAAUGGAGGAGUUCUCAUUCUUCUUGAGAAGGGCCGCCAGAAGGGCUUUGAGGCCAUCUCUGGUGCUCGUGAAAUGCUUCUGAAGCGUCAUAUUGCAAGCCCCGGCUCUACAGAAUACGACAACUUCCUUGAAGAUCCCGACCAACGCGAGGUCAUUCAGAAGGAGCGUGGAAUGAUUGUCGCCCCUUGCACAAACCACUCCACUUGCCCGAUGCACAACUCCGCGGGCCCCACUAAGGGCCGUAGGGACUACUGCCAUUUCGAGCAGCGAUACAUCCGCCCGCCAUUCUUGCAGCGCAUCAUGGGAGCAAAGGACCGCAACCACGAGGACCUCAAGUUUAGUUACCUUGCCGUGCAGCGUGGCGUGGAUCUUCGACAAGAUCAAUCGAUUCGUCAAGAUUCCGAGACCACAGAUGCCGCGUUUGAAGGAUUUGAGGACUCCGAAGAGUCUGAUAUCCCCAACAAGCCAGCCUUCCACGCUCUAGCUCUCCCCCGCGCUAUCUACCCACCCAUGAAGCGCCGCGGUCAUGUUAUCUUUGAUCUCUGCACACCCGCUGGCAAAAUUGAGCGCUGGACCGUCCCGCGCUCCUACAGCCGCCAGGCCUACCGUGACGCCCGCAAAUCUCACUGGGGUGACCUCUGGGCUCUGGGAGCCAAAACCCGCAUCCCGCGCAACCUGAACCUUGGCGAUAAGCAUGGUGAGGGUAAGAAGGAGCGGCUGGCUCGUCGUGCGGCGACCAAGGCCUCUAUGCGUGACGCUGAGGAAGAGGGUGACUUUGAGAACGAAGGCGAAGAAGAGGACGAAGACUAUGCUGUUCAUGACUCAGAUAUCCCUGAUAUUCCCAUCAGGAAGAGGGGCCAGCAUAUCCCCAGUUGGAAGAAGCAUAAUGAUAAGAAGAAGCUUCGCCAGGCUUACAACAAGCGUGCCGCUGACGAAUAA